AUGAAUCAGGACUCACGCCUACACAGUCGACGACUCCACUACGACCGCCCCUUCCAAAGAUAUGAACGUGACGGCCCGCUUCAAUGGGAAUGGUUCAGAUCCAGAUUGCGAGAUGCACCUAUCAAAGUGCCGCAGCUGGACCCCAUUCCUCGGGGAUUUCGGCUCAUCGACGUAGAGGAAAAGAAGGUUGUUCGAGCCUCUGGGUUAGGGCCAAUCGAGUAUGCGUGUUUGAGCUACGUCUGGGGGAACAACGAGGAAUUCCAGUCUACGAAGGACACCAUCGGCUCCUUUGGGGAGAUCAACAGCCUCGGUCGCGACAGUGUCCCGGCAACAAUCAAAGAUGCCAUCACUAUCUGCAACAACCAUCUCGGUAUCCGAUACCUCUGGGUUGACAGGCUCUGUAUUGUGCAGGACGAUGUUGGACCAGAUGGCGAAAAGCAGGAACAAAUUGAAGCUAUGGGCCGCAUCUACAAUCAUGCUGCCGUCACUCUCGUAGCAGCGGAGGGUGACGCAUCUGCCGGGUUUCCUGGUGUUACCCGACCAUUCGUGCCAAGUCGGAGACACCGAUCUUGGAAUAUCAUCCGGCCUUCGAGAUGGGCACAGCGCGGAUGGACAUACCAAGAAGCUAUGCUCUCUCGUCGCAUGUUUAUAUUUGCGACGGAAGGCAUCUACUUUGAACGAGAACAGUUAGGGCCCUUACAGCCGUUUACCGCAUGGCGUCCUCGUGAUGAUUACCAGCCGCUUUAUCACUAUAAGACCCGCUAUUCAAGCAUUGUCAAGGCAUAUACGAAGCGAACACUGGGAAAUGAGGCCGACAUCAUAAAUGCGUUCCAUGGUAUUUGUUGCCACAUGUUUGACAAACAUCAUCGCUUUGGAAUACCUACGAAUGGAUUCCAUGACGCAUUGCUUUGGUUCCCGUCAACGGAAGGCAGCGCAAGAGAACGAAGGCCUCCCCAAGGCUGCAACGUCUUCCCAAGCUGGUCCUGGUCUUCCGUUCGAGGGGCGGUCACGGUUCAUGAUGAGCAAACGCCUCUUUAUCACGUCGCAGCAUGGGCCUUUGCUGACAAGAUCGAUGCCGCUGGGAACAUCUCGAUGACAUUCGCAAAACCUCGACACUUUUUGUCCGUUGCAAAGAAAAUGCUAUCCCAAAGUUCAUUCAUCAAGUAUACAAUGAAACUGGCGGCUCUGGCGUCUAGAUAUGGCUGCACGCCUGCAACACCGAUGGGGGUCGACGAUCCUCAUCUGAAUAACGAGGACCAGUUCGUUGAAAUGUGGCCAUCUAGCACAGAUCUUUGGCGAGCAAGCCAUGGAGUUGAUCAAAAUGAACGACCCGCAUUGGCCGAACAGAUUCCACCGGAGAAGAAACAGCUUGCUGCUGCAUCCGGUGGGCAUUUGUUGGGUUUCUCGCAGACCCUGCGUUUAAGCAUCGCGCCCACAAGUGGGGGUCUGGAUGGGGGACCAUCACACUGCGCUGUGUACAUUGACAACAAGCUUGUCGGGGUCCUCUCAUUUGAUGACAAGACAUACCUGGCAAAAUUGCGGGAACGGAGCGACAAAAUCCAAUGCAUUGCCCUGUCGACCAUGGAUAAUACUUGGUUGGGUGUAAAAGGGCAACAUUGGCACACAUUUGGCCAGGGGAUCAUCGAGGCAUUGGACAAGGCAGCCAAGGCAAUAGGCCGUUACCGGUAUGUCUUCAUGUGUUUCAUGGCAAUUGAGUCACACAAUAAAGGGCUUUCACGCCGAGUCGGUAUUGGGUUUAUCCCUUUGGACGACUGGGUUCAAUUGAAACCAACCAAAACAUUUUUCGUACUCGCAUAG